AUGAAUGAACCGCUAAGCGUUAAUGAAUAUCGGGAUGAAAUUGAAAGAGAGAAUAAUUUACACUUUCUCGCAUCAGACAGUGCCUUUCAGGUACACAUCAACUCAUCAAACGAAAACAAUUCGACGGCAAAUAUUCCAUCGAGUAAUGUCCAGGUGCAUUCUCAGCCACCAGGAUAUCCUGUAAACAAUGCCAGUCAAAAUUAUUCCUACCAACCAUCUGCACAAUUUUUGCAUGUUCCAGUAGCAAAUUCACAUUCAACUCUUGGUCAAGUGCUAACAGAAAACAACGAGCAAAAUGUAAUCCCUAGUUUUCUAAAUUCCUUCCUUCGGUAUCAAAACGGUCCUGCUCCAGCUCCAACGAUUACCGUUUCCGACGAUGCUUACGAUGAGAAGAAUCUACGCAUUUCCAAAUCUCAGCGGUUGAACAAACGGCAGGACGCUAAGCAAAAUAAGAGUCGAGGGGAAGGGAACAAGCUCUUAAGCACACGAGCGACGCAGAUUCUGGAGGGUUGGUACGAGACCAACACUGAGUGGCCUUAUCCAUCAAAGGCGGAGAAGCAAAUGAUGGCGUCAGCGGGAGGAAUUACCAUCGAACAGGUUAACUCGUGGUUUGCCAAUCGGCGCAACAGAAGUCAGAAUACGCGACCAAAAAAGAAUAUGAUUAAGUUAGUGAACGCCCUAUCAAGUCUGUGCGAUGAAUAUCAGGAGGCCUCUCACGGCAUCAUCUCAUCCUCAGAUAUGAAGAAUCGAAUCCUCGCUCUUAUAAAUUAUCACUUACAAAGGAGACAAUAA